AUGGGGCAGCAGAAGCUGCUGGAGGCUGUGAAUAUGCCUCGUAGAGUUCAGCAUGCAGCACAGUGGGAGUCACUGCAGACACCUGGGCUGAGCAGGUGCCUGCAGGUCAUUUCUGGUCACAGAGUCCACACUACCACCACCACUGUCAACGACAACGACAAGAGUAAACCCCCAAACCAGGUUGAAGGAGAGCUGCUGCCUCCCUGUUUUCCAGUUGAUGGAUGGGCAGACAGAGAUGAAGUCAUUGAAGGUUAUGAGGUGGAAGCCAACGGGGGAAUCACAAUAAAGCUGCAAUCUCCAGAGGUCAGGUCAUUUGAUGAUUAUUUCCUGAAGCUGAGGCUGGACACUAAUACGAGGAAUCCCUGGUUCCCUGAGUUCUGGCAACAUCGGUUCCAGUGCCGCCUACCAGGACACAUUCUGGAAAAUCCCAACUUUAAAAGAAUCUGCACAGGCAAUGAAAGCUUAGAAGAAAACUACGUCCAGGACAGUAAGAUGGGGUUUGUCAUCAACGCCAUCUACGCCAUGGCUCACGGGUUACAGAACAUGCACCAUGCCCUCUGCCCGGGCCACGUGGGCCUCUGUGAUGCCAUGAAGCCCAUCGACGGUAGCAAACUCCUGGACUUCCUCAUCAAGUCCACAUUCAUUGGUGUGUCUGGAGAGGAAGUGUGGUUUGAUGAGAAAGGGGAUGCUCCUGGAAGGUAUGAUAUCAUGAACCUGCAGUACACCGAAGCUAAUCGCUAUGACUAUGUACAUGUCGGAACCUGGCACGAAGGCGUGUUGAACAUCGAUGAUUACAAAAUCCAAAUGAACAAGAGUGGAAUGGUGCGGUCUGUGUGCAGUGAACCUUGCUUAAAGGGUCAAAUUAAGGUCAUACGGAAAGGAGAAGUAAGUUGCUGCUGGAUUUGCACAGCCUGCAAAGAGAACGAAUACGUGCAAGAUGAAUUCACCUGCAAAGCCUGUGACUUAGGGUGGUGGCCCAGUGCAGAUUUAACAGGCUGUGAACCUAUUCCUGUGCGCUAUCUUGAGUGGAGCAACAUAGAAUCCAUCAUAGCCAUCGCCUUUUCCUGCCUGGGCAUACUUGUCACCUUAUUUGUUACUCUUAUCUUUGUGCUGUACCGGGACACACCAGUUGUCAAAUCCUCCAGUCGGGAGCUCUGCUACAUUAUCCUAGCUGGCAUCUUCCUCGGUUACGUGUGCCCUUUUACUCUCAUUGCCAAACCCACCACCACAUCCUGCUACCUCCAGCGCCUUCUGGUUGGCCUCUCCUCUGCCAUGUGCUACUCUGCUUUAGUGACCAAAACCAACCGAAUUGCACGCAUCCUAGCUGGCAGCAAAAAGAAGAUCUGCACCCGGAAGCCCAGGUUCAUGAGUGCCUGGGCCCAGGUGAUCAUCGCCUCAAUUCUGAUUAGCGUGCAGCUAACCCUGGUGGUAACCCUGAUCAUCAUGGAGCCCCCCAUGCCCAUUCUGUCCUACCCAAGUAUCAAGGAAGUCUACCUUAUCUGCAAUACCAGCAACCUGGGUGUGGUGGCCCCUCUGGGCUACAAUGGACUCCUCAUCAUGAGCUGUACCUAUUAUGCCUUCAAGACCCGCAAUGUGCCCGCCAACUUCAAUGAGGCCAAAUAUAUUGCCUUCACCAUGUACACCACCUGCAUCAUCUGGCUGGCUUUUGUGCCCAUUUACUUUGGGAGCAACUACAAGAUCAUCACCACCUGCUUUGCAGUGAGCCUCAGUGUAACGGUGGCCCUGGGGUGCAUGUUCACUCCCAAGAUGUACAUCAUUAUUGCCAAGCCCGAGAGGAAUGUCCGCAGUGCCUUCACCACCUCUGACGUAGUCCGCAUGCAUGUUGGUGAUGGCAAGCUGCCCUGCCGCUCCAACACGUUCCUCAACAUUUUCCGAAGAAAGAAACCAGGUGCAGGGAAUGCCAAUUCUAAUGGCAAGUCUGUGUCAUGGUCUGAACCAGGUGGAAGACAGGUGCCCAAAGGACAGCACAUGUGGCACCGCCUCUCUGUGCACGUGAAGACCAAUGAGACGGCCUGCAACCAAACAGCCGUCAUCAAGCCCCUCACUAAAAGUUACCAGGGCUCUGGCAAGAGCCUGACCUUUUCCGAUACCAGCACCAAGACCCUUUACAACGUGGAGGAGGAGGAUGCCCAGCCGGUCGGCUUCAGCCCUCCCAACAGUCCUUCCAUGGUGGUGCACCGACGUGUGCCAACCGCGGUGAGCACCCCGCCUCUGCCGCCCCACCUGACCACAGAGGAGACCCCCCUCUUCCUGGCCGACCCGGCCGUCCCCAAGGGCUUGCCCCCUCCCCUCCAGCAGCCACCGCCACCGCAGAAAUCCCUGAUGGACCAGCUACAGGGAGUGGUCAACAAUUUCAGCACCGGGAUCCCCGAUUUCAACGCGGUGCUCGCAGUCCCCGGGGGUCCGGGGAACGGGGUGCGCUCGCUGUACCCGCCCCCGGCGCCCCCGCAGCACCUGCAAAUGCUCCCGCUGCAGCUGAGCACCUUCGGGGAGGAGCCCGCCUCCCCGCCGGCAGAAGACGAGGAUGAGGACGACAGCGAGAGGUUUAAGCUCCUCCAGGAGUACUUGUACGAGCGGGAAGGGAACACCGAGGAAGACGAGCUGGAGGAGGAAGACGAGGACCUGCAGGCGGCCAGCAAACCCCUCCCCGAGGAUUCACCUGCUCUGACGCCUCCGUCGCCUUUCCGCGACUCGGUGGCCUCCGGCAGCUCGGUGCCCAGCUCCCCCGUGUCCGAGUCGGUGCUCUGCACCCCUCCCAACGUGACCUACGCCUCCGUCAUUCUGAGGGACUACAAGCAAAGCUCCUCCACCCUGUAGGGAGGAGGUGUCCGCGGGGACAGCGAGAAAAACCAGGGAGCACCAGCACCUCCGGAGAUGCGCCGACGGCUGGGAGGAGGAGAUGGGGGGAGGAGGGUGAAGUCAGCAGGCAAGGAGGACAAUGCUGCCGCCGUAGGGAAGGCCAGAGGGAACUGUGCUCUGCAAGCAAAAAGGGAUCCAGGCGAGGGUCCCGAUUCUUGAAUUAUUCAAAAGCCUUCUCUGGGAAGAAAGGGAAUUCUGACAAAGCACAAUCCCAUAAUAAACAACUUUCACCACAUAAAUGAAUGAAUAAAUAAAUAAUAAGUCAAUAAAUAAAUAAAUCAACACGAAUAAUCUCCUCUUUUGGACAUUGUGCAUAGAUAGACAUGCCCACACACACUUGGCCAGCUUGAAAAGAGACAGCACAUGUGGACCAGCCAGGUGAACCGUUAGUGGACAUCAUGGUGUUCGUGGUAUUCUUAGUGAGCAGGCUGGAGCCAGACAGAGCAGGUGGGUGAAGGAGGGGCAGGCAUGGAACCACCCAUGGGACGGCAGCUCAUUUUUCUCCAGCCCUUCUCCUUACUGAGCCCACGGACUCCUGGUCUUCAGGAGCCUCCCUUCACCCAUUGCACCUGACCCAGGGCCAGCCUUGUUGCGCUGGGAAAAAAGUGUAUGGAUACCCUACUGCUCUGUGAUUUCUCUCUAUUUAGGAAAACAGGAAUCAGAGCAAAAUCACCAAAAAGUGCUUCAUCAGGAGUGCUAAGGGAGGAAGGAUUGAGAAGCAAGAGGACACAUAAGCAUGAGGCUUUGAACACAAUCAGCACAAAUAACGUCCCAUAUUUGAUACUCGCUUAUUGGUGAUUUCGGAGAAAAGAUUAGAGCAAGCGAUUGUUUUGAGACUGGCAGAAGGUGUUUUGUGGAUUUUCUUGUGUUUGUGCCAAGGGGCUCUUCUCUGCCCUUUAAUUAAAGAGAACAAACCAUGUGGCAAAAUUGUUACCUUACAUUUACUGUAGCAAAUAAUACUUACCAGUUGAACUUCUAAAAUGCAGUAUGUGUAUUUGGUGCCGUUGUUUCUCCUGUGUACUACAGACACAAAUCCAUCUUCCAACUUAAGGGUGUACUCAGAGCAACUCUUGCUGGUUCAAUGACAAAUAACGUCCUUCCUAUUGUCAUCCUUCCUAUUGGCAAAUAAUUCCUGUAACUUGUGAGUAAAUGUGUUCCUGUGUCUUUGUAUACUUGUGAUAAUAAAAUUUGUGCACUGUAAUGUCAAUGUAACUGCAACUAGAAGUCGUCUUUCCAAUAUAGUAUAGAUAUUUCUUUGUUCCAAUGAUGUUUUAGAUAUUGUCACCAAUAUCUGCAGAAGCUCUUUGAUGGUUUGAGUGCUGUGGUCCAAUGGUUUCCUUAUGCUGCUCAGAAGGUCCUCCCUCUUCUAAAAGGGAACUUCUUUUUCAGAUAUUUUAUGAUGUGGAGUAUUAUAACGAAGUGGCUUGAAAAUGUGUUGUAUUAAAAAUUCACAAAAACUGUGGGUUACAAUAAAAAGUACAUUUUAUAAAUUUUCAGAUAUCAUUAUUAAAACAUAAGGUUGAAAUGACAGUAUUGAGAUGAUUUCAGGUCACUUUAGAUUUUUUUUAAAGAGAUUUUCCACAGCGACUUGAGCUUUCAGUGUUUAUAAAGCAUAUGCUAACCUCUCUGUCUGGCAUAAUUUCCCCAGUUUUCUAUUUACCAUUUUUUGCUUUCUUUUAAUUUUUAUUUCCAUGUACU